UCUCCAGCCAGCUCGUAGCCACCCUCAAACACUCCUGAGGAAGGAACAGAGACAGUCCUGCCUGCCAGAGGAGCUCGGCGAUGAGGAGCUAGGAGCCAGAGGCCCAGGGAAGCAGAGCCAACACUAGGGCACUCGAGGGGCUCCGAGCAUCAUGGUGUCUCUUGGCCUCCAGCUGCUGGGGUACAUCCUGGGCCUCGUGGGGCUAGUGGGCACCCUGGUAGCCAUGCUGCUCCCGAGCUGGAGAACGGGCUCCUACGUGGGGGCCAGCAUCGUCACGGCCGUCGGCUUCUCCAAGGGUCUCUGGAUGGAGUGUGCCACCCAGAGCACCGGCAUCACUCAGUGCGACAUCUACAGCACCCUGCUGGGGCUGCCGGCAGACAUCCAGGCUGCCCAGGGCAUGAUGGUGGCUUCGAGCACCAUCUCGUCCCUGGCCUGCAUCAUCUCGGUGGUGGGCAUGAGGUGCACUGUCUUCUGCAAGGACUCCCCGGCCAAAGACAGGGUGGCGGUGGUAGGCGGAGUCUUCUUCCUCCUAGGAGGCCUCCUGGGUUUCAUCCCCGUCGUCUGGAACCUGCACGGGAUCCUGCGGGACUUCCACUCGCCGCUGGUGCCCGACAGCAUGAAGUUCGAGAUUGGAGAGGCCCUCUAUCUCGGCAUCAUCUCCUCCCUCUUCUCUAUGGUGGCCGGCACCAUCCUCUGCUUCUCUUGCCCAGCCCGGGGGGGAGACCAGUCCCCCUACUAUGGCGCUUACCAAGCUCAGCCCUUAGCCACCAGGGCCUCCCCUCGGCCGGGGCAGACCAUAAAGGGCAAGAGCGAAUUCAACUCCUACAGUCUGACAGGGUACGUGUGAGGAGGGCGCUGGGGGUUGGGGGGCAGAGUGGGGGGGCCGGCCCACGGCUCUCGUUUCCAUCCGAUCGAGUCGGGAGGCGAUGCCGAAGAUAGGACGGACCUCGGGGGUUCCCUGGAGUCUGACUGGAGGAGCUGGCGCCGAGGCCUUCCCACAGACCUCCCCCCCACCCGGCAGCCCCCCUCCCCACUGUCACCCUGCCCCUUUCUUUCCCCCAGCCCAUGGGCCCCUCCCUGCCUUAUAUGUCUGGGAAGCCACCCCGUCCCCUCGCCUGCUCUGCCCCCUCCCCUGGGCCUUCUCGGCUCCAGAACUUCAGAGUCUCCCUACUUGAACCCUUCCCACCCCCGGCUCCUUCCAAGGCCCGGACCAGACGGACCCUUCUUCACUCCCAUUGUUAGAGGCAGAGGAAGAGGAAGAGCCAGCUCCCACGGGGCUUCUGAGCCGGGCGUGGGAGGGGGAAGGCCCGGAUCCCAUCAAGCGUGCUUCCUCUGCCAGGAGGGUUCACAGAGGAGCCAGGAGCUUGGGCACUCUGGAGGGCACCCGCUCCAGGCCGCUGCCCUGGCGACGGGGAAGCUGCGGGAGCCCGAGAUGAGAGGGGGGGAAGCCAGUUUUCCUAGAGAUUUCCUAGAGAUGCUCUCCGGCUUGGGGUGGAACAGCAUGUGGGGCCCAGGAAUAUCCUGAGUCCUCCUACAUUUCCUGAGAAAUAGUCAAAAUGGAAAAAUAAAAAUACUGAGCUAAAAGGUGUGUGUGUGCACGUGUGUGUUUUGUGUGUCCAUGUGUGCAUGAGCAUGCACAUGUGUGUGUUCUGUGUGUGUAUGUGUGUGUGAAAGUCUCCAAGGAUUUCCACCUAGUUUCUGAGUCCAGAAAGAAGGAGCUGUUCUGGAGCAGGCUUCCAUUUGUCUUCUCAGCCCAGCCCCCUGAGCGGUGUAGCCCUGAGGGGAGCUCCCAGUGCUUCCGGGGGGCUGGAGGGGGCAACAAAAGCCUAGAUGAACCUCGAACAAAGAACUAGGGAAACUGUCAGACUCAGUAGGCCCUCAUGAGGGGCACCACAGACCAGGAGGGAGGACUGUCCUCAGUCCCUCUCCCCCUGCCUCCUGCCCCCAUCCUACCCCUCUAAGCCUGUGGGCACCUUCCCCAUCCUGAGUGUAUCCGGACUCCAACAAGUCCUUCAGGCAACAAGUCCCGGCUCCGGCCGCCCAGCUUUGCUCACACAGCCCCCCUGCCUCAGCCCCAUGACUCUUGUCUAUCCUGUAAGACCUUGGCCUCCAUCACUACAACUCGUGGCUCCCUCGCCCCCAACAAUGCCUCCGUCUCACCCACCAGGUCCCCCGGCCCAGACCCCUCACAAUAUUAACUCCCCGUCCCUGGGUGGGAGCCGUCUCCCAGCUGUCCCGGAAGCUCCCUCUGGGCAGGCCUUAGACUGCGCCAUCUUCCCCACUGUACCAAGACCAGUAGUGGUUGUUAGCGAGCACUCAAUAAAGACUUUUGAUUGGAUUAAA